ACACACAUAUACAUCUCUAUAUAUACAAAUAUGCCAAUAAUCUCUUUCCAUUAUACGAAACCAUUCUAUCAAAUAUAUUCAAAAAGAAAAAGGAAAAAAAAAAACUCAGAAACAUCUCCAAAACUGAUAUCACAGUCACUCUUUGAUUACAAUGAGCAACUCAAAAUCAUACUGGAGAAAGCAAAGAUGGGGAACGCCGCCACAAGCCCUAACACCGUUAAUGGAAGGACCAGAUCCAGACAUGCAAGACGAAAGAACCAAGAAGGAGAGCUCAUGGGAAGCGAUUAGAGAAUGGUUUAAGGUUCAUAAGGGCAUUUCUGGAAACAUGUCAUCUCCUUCGGUCCAACCUCUUUGCAACAGCUACGACGUGCCGGCUAAGGGACAAGACUUGAGGCUCUUGCUCGGUGUCUUGGGUUGUCCUCUUGCUCCAAUCUCCGUUCUCGUCUCCGACCUAUUUCCCGAUGAUCCUCUUCUUGGUUCUUUCCAAAUCAAGAAUGUCCCAUUUGAGACGUCGACGGCGCAUUAUAUAAUACAACAAUACUUAGCGGCGACGGGAUGUCUAAAGAGAGCGAAGGCAGCGAAGAACAUGUACGUGACGGGAAUAAUGAAAAUGAGUUGCUGUGAGACGGAGAUAGCCGCCGGAAAAAGCGUGAAGACACUAGGCGGCGGUGGAAACGGUCGGAGCGGAGAUAGUGGUUGCUUCGUAUUGUGGCAGAUGCAGCCUGGAAUGUGGUCUCUGGAGCUUGUUCUCGGUGGCACUAAACUCAUAUCAGGCUCCGACGGUAAGACGGUUUGGCGCCAUACGCCAUGGCUGGGUACUCACGCAGCUAAAGGCCCUCAACGGCCACUUCGACGUCUAAUCCAGGGUUUGGACCCGAAGACCACAGCAAGCCUAUUCGCAAAGGCCCAAUGUUUAGGGGAGCGAAGAAUCGGCGACGAUGACUGUUUCGUGCUCAAAGUCUCCGCCGACCGUGACUCGUUGAUUGAACGGAACGACGCCGGAGCUCCGGCGGAGGUUAUACGCCACGCGCUGUACGGAUAUUUCUGUCAAAAGAGCGGUCUCUUGGUGUAUUUAGAGGAUUCGCACCUCACUAGGGUUGUGACGAUCUCGCCUGAGGACGAGGCGGUUUACUGGGAGACGACGAUCGGAACUAGCAUCGGGGAUUACCGUGACGUUGACGGAGUAGCCGUGGCCCAUUGCGGACGCGCAGUGGCGACGGUGUUCCGAUUCGGGGAGACGUCGUUGCAGUAUAGCAGGACGAGGAUGGAGGAGAUUUGGAGGAUCGACGACGUCGUUUUCGAUGUGCCUGGCCUCUCUUUGGACUCCUUUAUUCCUCCCGCCGAUAUUUUUGAAGAUGCUAAUAACAACAACAAUCCUACUCAUGUUUACAGUACUGUUAAUUCUCGAUAAUUAUGAUGUGAAAUUAAUAUUGGUGGGUUAAUUAGUUGAUCGUAUAUGUACAUGUUUCUUUUAUUCUAAGAAAAAAUUCUAAAA